CACACAGCGGGAAAUUAUAAUUAUCCAGUAGUCAGUGGCACUCAAUCUUACGCGGUGGGUGUAAAAGCUGUCACACGUAUGUAGACAGACGGUGUACAGACAGAGUGGCGUCCACUGGACACCAUAAGCAGUUCAGCAGUCACAUUAAAGCAGCCAGGCUCGGCGGAGAGUCUCCCGCCUGGCUCCGCCUCUCACGACACUGACUUGUUGUUAGGUUGUUACCAGGCAGACAGCCUUUCCAACAUGGCAGCGUCAAGCAACGCAGAGGAAACGCAGUUGCAAGAUAUGGAGGAAGAUGCAGGGAUGGAGAGGGAGAUGGAAUCGGACGACGGUGAGGGUAUGGGGGUCGAAAAUUCAGACGACGAAGAGGACGAUUCAUCAGAGGACGAGAAAGAAAACGAAGCCGAGAUCCAGCGUUUGGAGGAGCAGCUGUCAAUCAACGCUUUUGACUACAACUGCCAUGUGGAUCUUAUCAAACUACUACGGCAGGAGGGAGAGCUGUUCCGUCUGCGUAGGGCAAGGCAGAAGAUGAGUGAACUUUUCCCACUCACUGAAGAGAUCUGGCUGGACUGGCUCAAGGAUGAGAUCCGCUUGACCGAGGAGGAGCCUAACCGGGAGAGAGUCUAUGAACUUUUUGAAAAGGCUGUGAAAGACUAUAUCUGUCCAGAUAUCUGGCUUGAAUAUGCCCAGUAUUCAAUAGGUGGUAUGGGAUCACCUGGUGGGGUAGACAAGGUGAGAUCCAUAUUUGAGAGAGCCCUGACAGCUGUUGGCCUUCACAUGACCAAGGGAGAGACGGUGUGGGAGGCGUACAGGGAGUUUGAGAAUGCCAUGCUGUCCACAGUACAGCCUCCCCCUGGCAGGGUUCCCACCCAUGAGGAGCAGGAGCUGUUGAACACUCAGCUUGAGCGCAUCCAUACACUGUUCCGCCGCCAGCUGGCCAUCCCCUUAAUGGACAUGGAGGCCACCUAUGCAGAGUAUGAGGAGUGGUCUGAAGAUGGGGUGCCUGAGACCAUCUCCCAUCAGUACAAAAGAGCCCUGCAGCAGAUGGAGAAUCGCAAGGCUUUUGAAGAGUCCCUGUUGGUAGCUGAACCUCCCAAGUUGGCAGAGUAUCAGGCCUACAUGGACUACGAGCUGAAGGAAGGUGAUCCAGCGCGGAUCCAGAUUACCUUCGAGCGGGCCCUGGCAGAGAACUGUCUGGUACCGGACAUGUGGACAAAAUACACCACCUAUCUGGACCGUCAGCUGAAGAUCAAGGACUUGGUUCUGUCCUCUCAUGAUCGUGCCGUCAGGAACUGCCCCUGGACCAUGGGGCUGUGGAAGAGCUACCUGCUAGCUCUGGAGAGGCAUGGGGCUGAGCAUCAGACCAUCUCAGAUGUUUUUGAAAAGGCACUGAAUGCAGGUUUCAUUCAAGCCACGGAUUAUGUGGACAUCUGGCAAGCAUAUCUUGACUACCUGAGGAGACGUGUGGAUUUCAGCAAAGAAUCAAGUAAAGAGUUAGAGGAAUUACGGGCAGCCUUCUCUCGGUCGCUGGAAUACAUGAAACAAGAUGUUGAAGAGAGGUUCAGUGAAAGUGGAGAUCCCUCCUGUACCAUAAUGCAGAUUUGGGCGAGGAUAGAGGCCCUCCACUGCAAGAACAUGCAAAAGGCCAGAGAGCUGUGGGACAGCAUCAUGACAAAAGGGAAUGCCAAGUAUGCCAAUAUGUGGCUGGAGUACUAUAACCUUGAAAGGUCAUAUGGAGAUCCCAUCCAUUGCCGAAAGGCUCUCCACAGGGCUGUCCAGUGCACAUUGGACUACCCAGAACAUGUGUGUGAAGUCCUGCUCAACUUUGAGAGGGUGGAAGGUUCUCUGGAGGACUGGGAUGUUGCAGUGCAGAAGACAGAGACCCGGCUGAACAGGAUUAAUGAGCAGCGGGCCAAAAUGGCAGAGAAAGAAGCCAACCUUGCCCGUCAGGAGGAGGAGAAGGCUGAGCAGCGGCGGAAGGCCAAAGGAGAAAAGAAGAAUCAGAAGAAGGGCCAAAAGGGAAUGCGAGCUGGAGAGAAGAGGAAAGCAGAGCCGGAUGAUUACCAGAAUGAAUGGGAUGAAGAGUCGGACCAAGCUCCUAAAAGACACAGAGGUGAUGCUGACCCAGGCACUGAGGAGUACAUGGAGACAGAGACAGGACUGUUUGGCCGAAGAACUCCCGCUGGCCACAAACCUGGACCACCUGGUGCUAAAACAGCCCAGCAGGGAAGAGCAGCCGCUGCACAGAGGCAGCAAAAUGACAAGCCCGAGCUCCGCAAUGACAACAACAGUGUAUUCAUCAGUAACCUGGCGUACACCCUGGAGGAGCCAGAGGGCAAGAUGAGGACACUGUUUGAGACCUGUGGUCCCCUCAAGGAGGUGCGCCCGGUCUUCAGCAACAAGGGCACGUUCAAAGGCUACUGCUAUGUCCAGUUUGAAUCCCAAGCUUCUGUCCCUUUAGCCCUGAAACUAGACAGACAAGAGGUGGAGGGCAGGCCCAUGUUCGUAUCGCCAUGUGUGGACAAAAACACAAACCCCGACUUUAAGGUGUUCAAAUACAACUCUUCGAUGGAGAAACACAAAAUCUUUGUCUCGGGGCUGCCAUUUUCUUGCACCAAGGAAGAGUUGGAAGAGGUGUGCAAGAAUCAUGGGACCGUAAAAGAUGUUCGUCUGGUCACGUAUCGGUCAGGCAAACCCAAGGGUCUGGCGUAUGUUGAGUUUGCAGAUGAAGCUCAGGCUUCUCAAGCAGUGCUGAAAAUGGACGGCAUGGUUCUGCAAGACAACAAAAUCUCGGUUGCCAUCAGCAACCCUCCUCGCAGAAACCUGAAGGAGAAGCCAGGUUCCAGUGGGUCCAUGACAGCAAUGAUGCCUCGGCAGGUCUAUGGAUCGAGAGGGAGAGGACGCACGCAGCUGUCACUGCUUCCUCGUUCCCUACAUCGACCAAGUGGGCCUGCAAACAAAGCCGAGAACGGGACUGCAACUAAACCGAUAGCAGGAACGGUGAACGCAGCAGGAGACACCGGAUUUGAGGCACAGACAAAACCCUUGUCAAAUUCAGACUUUGCCAGAAUGCUUCUCAAUAAGUGAGAUGAUGAGCAGGAGAAUUAUGACCGCCUUCAUACUGAAAGCCAUCUUGUGUCCUUACAAAUUAGUGAUGGUGAUUGUUCUGUAAUUGGUUGCCUGACUUCCCUUUAAUCCAGUCUUGUUCCUAUCAUCUCUUCCUGCAAGAAUGCCUUAAUCACCCUAGCUCCUGCCCUUUCUAUCACAAACCGUUUUGUUUUUUUUUUCAGUUAUUUUGAAUCGGUAUGAUUGAAUGUGUAGUGAGCAGUUUUCGUUGCGCCGUUUUGGGGGUGGUUAGCAAAUCAUUUUAUAUAUAUAAAAAAGUGUAUCAUAUUUGUGUGUAAAUAUAUAAAAUUGUAUGCCUCACAUUGCAAGGUGAAUUCUUUUAGUGUGCUGACUGUUUGAAAGGGAUUUGACAGAAACAAAGGGGAGAGUAUUUUUUUAAAUAUUCUAACAGCCAAACUUGUGAAUGUUGUUUAAAAAGGUAUAUGCAAAUGUUUGACAUUUCAGAUGUUGAUGUAUUAUAGUUGGUGUGUGUACAUACAUUGGAUGUGCUACAAUAAUGAAGACAUAUUCUCUAGAGGUUUUUAGGAAACUUAGGAUUUUGAUGUGUAACUUCUCCUGACCUCUGAGGACACAGCUAACAAUGCUAGCGAUAACAAUAUAGCGAUAUUGUUUUACAUAAUACAAUCUCUAAAUUACCAUCAGUUGUAUAAUGUUAUGGAAUACUCCUGUAAAAGCCAAACACUGUCUAACAAGUAGUAGAUGUGCUUAAAUUAAUGUAGCUAGUUCACUGGCUUUAUCUUGGCUUGAGGGCAUUGUAUUACAUAACAUUGUUUUAUACAGAAACUGUCCUUCACUAUGUCACUGCAAAGGCUUGAGUUACAAUGAUACCAACAGUUUAUUUGCAGCACUGCCAAUAGGUAAACUCUCUUAUGCUAUAAAUGUUUUCAUACACUUGUCAGUUUUGUUCAGUAGUACGACCCUCCUCUUGAGGGGGGAAAAAGAUAUAGAUAUCUAUAUAUAUAUAUAUAUAUAUAUAGAUGCAUUAUCAAAUAACUAAUAUUGGUUUAGAUUUCUAAAAGUACUUCAUUUGCAGGGGACAGUACAAGAGAGACAGAUUCUGUGGGAAACGAAACACAUUCCUUCCCCCUUACCACCCUUGUGAAAUUCAAAAAGAUACAGGGUGGAAAUAUUCUGGGAUAUAGGAGAUGUAUUUGUCUUCAUUGGCUACCUGGAGAGGUUUUGCCAAAUAAGUCACCCAGCAACUCUGGGGUCUUGUUUAUACAAAUAUACUGCAAUUUUUGAUUUUUUUUUUUGGAUUUUUUACCUGCAUAUGAAAACUCAUUUCUUUAACACUUUAAUGGAUGACUUAAGAUGUUAAUAACAGGACACAAAGUUCAUUCAUACACUGACGGUUUUAAUAAGUAUUUGUGCAGUUUUGUUCGGUCGUGUGCAGUUUGAUGAGGAGGCUCCAGACUCGUUUUUCUUGAUAUUUUUGACCAAGUUGAUUUUACUGUAUGAAGUUGGCAUCCAGUGGGGCGUAAUUAGCUGAUGCCUCUGAAAGAUUCUGUGACUUUACACUAUCGCUCUCAUGUCCCCAUACCGUUCAGGCCUGCAGGACCCAUUGAUACAAGAGGAGAGAAUCUAUGCAGUUUUUGAUUGCAAGUGUUUAAAGAAUAUAUUCUCCAUGUAAGGAAGAGUUUACCGCUCACUUUGCCACAUUAGGUCUGAGUGUACUAGAGUUCACCUGUCUCGUUCGGAGAUUUUGUUUGAUUCUUGUACAGUAUGUUCAAAAAAGGUCACCAUAGUUUGUAUAGAAUUUAUAAGUUUACAGAACAGAUGGAAUACAAGCUAUAUGUCUUGAUAUCACCACAGUGGCCUAACCUAGAAAAAAAUGUGAAUAUAUUGGUCUUUAGAAUUCACCUUCUGUUUUAUGUCUAAUAUGAAAAGGUGGUGUAUGUGCAUUGCUGUUGUUUUUGUAUAAUUUCUAUAGUUAUAAUGUUUUCAAUUUGGUAUAAAGGUAAAUAACAAAAUGCUAUUUAUAGCUGUUUUGUUUAGUCACUAUUUAUUUUCCUGCUUGUUUCAUGGUCUACCCUUGUAUUUUGGGUGUGGUUAAAAAAAAAAAAA